UUAAAUAGUAAUAGUUGUCCAAGAGUGCUUCCUCUUUGCUUUGCUUCGCUUCGCUUCUCCCCUGUUUUUCACAGUCAACGCUCCCUCCCAAAACCAAAUCGCUGUCUCAUUUCACGAUCCAAAGUUUCCAAAUUCCUCUCCGGGUUUUGCUCUUCACCACUUAGUCUCAAAUGGUUCGUAGGCCAAACGACCCGGAACACUCCCGUUUCGCCUCUCUCGUCCUCCUCUUGGUGGCUCUGUUCUCCUGUCUUCUGGUCUAUGCGGUUGUUUCCACACUAUUGAACCCCACCGUAAAUCCUCAGGAUUCCAGCUUUGAGUCUUUGGAAUCGGUGGCGGGUAUUGAUUUUGGGGAAAAGAAGGGCGAGUGUUGCAGAGGCAUUGAGAAUUUGGAGCUGUGGGGUGCAGCUGUGAAGUGGGGGUCUGACUUCAAGUUUAAUUCCUCUGUGGAAUGUUGCCAGGCUUGUAAGGCCAUGUGUAGUGGCAAUGAUGGGCCUUGCUUGUGCGAUACUUGGGUCUUCUGUGGGAACAAGGAUGCCUGUGGGUCGAGAUUUGGAGAGUGUUGGCUGAAGAAACAAAAAGAUACUUUGUGCCCCGAUAGGCAAGAGGCAGGUCAAACGGUUAGUUGGACAUCCGGGAUCGUAUUCGGGAAAGGAGAGGGUAUUGUUGAGAUGGAAACAGAAUAUGGUACUCUUCAUAUAAAGCUUUUCCCAGACUGUGCUCCAUAUUCUGUGACCUACAUUCUCGAGUUGUUGACAUUGCGCCAUUGUGCGGGUUGCCAAAUAUAUCGUGCAGAGAGCCGAGGACAAUCUUGGGAUUCACAAGGAAAUCACAUAAAAGAUGCUUCUUAUGGUCCACCAUUCGCGCUGAUCCAAGGAAUUCUUGAAGCCCAAGGAACCCCAUUCAAAAAGAUACCGAUGGAGGUUUGCCCUACCAUAAGAAGGGGAUCAGUUGCCUGGAUUGGCUCUGGUCCAGAGUUCUUUAUAAGCCUGGCGAACCACGAAGAAUGGAAGAAUUCAUACACUGUAUUCGGUUCUGUUCUUUCUGAAGACAUGGAGAUUGCGGAGAAAAUCGCACAACUCCCAACCAAAUCUGAUGUUUGGAACAACAUUAACGUAUCGGUGUUACAAAGGCCCAUUCCGUUGGUAAUGAGAAGAAUGAAGAAGAGUCUUGGAGAUGUUAACACAAAUAUGAAAUCAGAAUGAAAACUGGUAUACCCUUAAUUUGCUUGUUUGUACACUGUACUGUAAUAUUUAUGCCCCCCCCCCCCUUUUUUCAAAACAGAAACGUGAAGGUAUUGGGUAAUUUUGUUGUUCUCAUGAGUUUAUCAAGAUAAUAAAGCUCGAUCAAUUAAUUGUAAACAUAAAA